AAAGCAUGCGCGUGAGGACAGUGUAGUCUCCCCUGAGCUUGGAAAUUCGUCACCUUCCUUGUCUGGCCCGGUGAAGUGCGUUUCUGCUCUCAAUUUCUACGGAUUCUUCUCACACGACCAUUUGCGAAAUCGUGUUGGGAGUGAUCUAUGAAGGAUUAUAGUGUGGAUUAUGUAGUCUGUGUUCUGGCCUGUGAAUUCCAAUCGGCCUGACUGAGGUGUCUGGAUUAUUUCUUUUUGUCUUGUUUGGGAUCUCAAAAGAGAUGGUUCUGAGUAGCAGAUUUUUCAGAGCUCAUUUUGUUAUAAGUAUCUUGCUGCUGCUUGGUUGUAGCAUGACCAAUGGGACUGAUACUGAUAUUUUCUGCUUGAAAAGUAUACAAGAUUCACUUGAAGACCCUUAUAAUACUUUGAAGACUUCCUGGAAUUUCAAUAAUAAAACAGAAGGAUUUAUCUGUCACUUUACUGGGGUUGAUUGUUGGCACGACGAUGAGAACAAAGUCUUAAACCUCAAGCUGUCGAAUAUGGGACUCAAGGGUCAAUUUCCUCAUGCCAUACAAAAUUGCACAAGCUUAACUGGAUUAGAUCUUUCGAUCAACAAACUCUCGGGAACCAUUCCAGCUGAUAUUUAUAAACUUCUUAAAUUUGUGGUAACCCUGGACCUCUCAUCAAAUGACUUUUCAGGAGAGAUCCCUGUGGGCCUUGCAAAUUGUUCCUAUCUUAAUACCCUUAAACUUGAUCAAAAUCGACUAACUGGUCAAAUUCCCCCACAACUUGCCCAGCUCGAACGGCUUAAGACUUUUACUGUCACAAAUAAUUUUUUGACGGGGCCAGUUCCAUCUUUUGGAAGCAAAAUUGCGGCAGAUAGUUAUUCAAAUAAUUCAGGACUCUGUGGGGCUCCCUUGGAUCCAUGUCAGGGUAAGAAGGCUAACACUGCAAUUAUAGCUGGUGCUGCUGUUGGUGGGGUAACUGUUGCAGCACUAGCAUUGGGUAUUGUGGCAUUCUUCUUUGUCCGCCGAGUCUCUGUGAAGAAGGAGGAGGAUCCUGAAGGAAAUAAAUGGGCAAGAAGCCUAAAGGGAACGAAAGGAAUAAAGGUUUCUAUGUUUGAAAAGUCAGUUUCAAAAAUGAAAUUGAGUGAUCUCAUGAAAGCAACUAACAACUUCAGUAAAAGCAAUAUCAUUGGUUCAGGAAGAACAGGGACUAUGUACAAAGCUGUCCUUGAUGAUGGGGGCACAUGGCUCAUGGUUAAAAGGUUGCAGGAAUCUCAAUACUCAGAAAAGGAAUUUGCGUCUGAAAUGACUACAUUGGGGACUGUUAGACAUCGUAACUUGGUUUCCCUUUUAGGAUUUUGUGUGGCCAAGCAGGAGAGGCUUUUGGUGUAUAAAUAUAUGGAAAAUGGAAGCCUUCACGAUCAGCUACAUCCUGCUACUGGUGGAAGUACCAUGGAGUGGUCUUUAAGGCUAAAAAUUGCUAUUGGGGCAGCCAAAGGAUUAGCAUGGCUUCAUCAUAGCUGCAAUCCUCGCAUUAUUCACCGAAACAUAAGCUCUAAAUGCAUCUUGUUGGAUGCAGAUUUUGAGCCGAAAAUUUCUGAUUUUGGCCUUGCUAGAUUGAUGAAUCCAAUCGACACACAUUUGAGUACUUUUAUAAAUGGGGAGUUUGGAGAUCUUGGUUAUGUUGCUCCUGAAUAUACAAGAACUCUGGUGGCUACGCCCAAGGGAGAUGUCUAUAGCUUUGGUACUGUGCUUCUUGAGUUGGUGACAGGUGAGAGGCCUACCCAUGUGGCUAAAGCUCCUGAAACAUUCAAAGGAAAUUUGGUGGAGUGGAUUUCACAGCUCUCAAGCAAAUCUGAACUCCAGGAUGCUAUUGAUGAAUCAUUACUUGGGAAGGGUGUUAAUGAUGAGAUUUUCCAAUUUCUCAAGGUUGCAUGCAACUGCGUUUCACCAAUUCCAAAGGAAAGGCCCACUAUGUUUGAAGUGUACCAACUUCUUAGAGCAAUUGCGAGCAGAUACAAUUUCACAGCUGAUGAUGACAUUUUGGUACCUACUGAUCCUGGCGAUGCUGCCAAUUUCGAGGAACUUAUUGUCGCACGAGAAGAAAAAUAGUUGAAAAGGUAAGAGAUAUUUGCAUAUAGGGAAAUAUGUAAUCAAUUUAAUAAGUAAUUAUCUCUUUCUUCAUGCUCUUAAAAUAUAUUUUAAUGCAGUAGACAAUUUAAAUUACCUAGAUCUAGCUGGUAUUGAAACACCAAUAUAAUAUAAUCACGCACGGACUCUCAAUGGAUAUAGGUGAGUUAUGUAUUGAUAUUAUCGUAGAAUGAUCUGGUUUACAGUGCAGAUCUUUUUCUUAA